AGUGGAGGUGACACGUAAGACGGGAGAUUGGGGAAAAGGCCUGGAAGUUUUCAUUGCUGGGAGGCUAAAAGACAAACAGUACUUUAUUGUUGCAGAGCUGUGUUCCAGCAUAGGGCUCGGUGCAACUUGACAGACCAGAAAGCGGUCCACGGUCUCUGCCUAUUCCUAAAAUUGGAUCGGAGACUUUUUUUUAAGAACUUGAACUUUGCAACUUGUAACCUGGAAAGGAUUUUGAGCGAGAAAAAGCAGUUAAAGUUGCAGGCGCGCCUCUGCCCAAGUGAGUGCCGCAGCCUGUUGUGCCCCUGAUUCAUUAAACAUUGAAUCGGGAAAGGGGGAACCCCCUCCCCCCGAAUUCUUCGCUUUGGAGCCGUCAAGAAGGCGUCCAGCUAGAAACGGGAGGAAUAUGGGGAACAGUAUGUGUUCCAGGCGACAGAAAAAGAUUUUUCAAACUUUGUUCUUCCUUACAAUAGUUUUUGGGUUUCUUUAUGGUUUGUUGUUAUACUACGAGAUGCAUAAUCAGUUAAAGAAGGCGGAAACACUGGCGUCGAAGUACCAACAGCAUCAAGAGGCGUUAUCUGCACAGUUGCAAGUUGUUUAUGAACAUAGAUCAAGAUUAGAAAAAUCACUACAAAAAGAAAGAAGUGAACAUAAAAAAGCAAAGGAAGAUUACUUGGUUUAUAAGUUAGAAGCGCAGGAAGCCUUAAACAAAGAAAAACAAGAUUCCAGUAACCGAUACAGUGCACUUAGUAUCCAACACAAAAUGAUGAAGAAUCAACAUGAAGAUCUGCGAAAACAAUAUAGUGACCUACAUGAGGAACAUCUAAGACUUGGAGAGGACCACAAUAGAGCAAUGAGUGAGCACAACCGGCGAUACCUCAGCCUUCAACAAACUAAGGAGCAGGAGAUUUCUAAACUGAAGGAGAAUAUUUACAAUCUACUUGAAGAGAACAAAAAGUUGAGGAAAGCUCAUCAGGAUGUCCAUGUUCAACUCCAGGACGUGAGGCAAAUGCAUAAAAACUUAUUGUUGCAACAUGACCAGCUACAAGUGACUUUAGAAGACCACAAGCACUCAUUAUCAGCUGCACAGGCUCAGGUGGAAGAAUAUAAGCAACUAAGAGAAACCUUGAACAAAAUGCCCAGCCUAAGACAAACUGAACAAAAGCCACCUUCCAAUGCAGAGAAAUCUCAGCAAGGUGUUGCUGAGCCCUUGCAAUAUCACAAUAAACUGGGAGCACGAGACCAGAUCGCAUAUAGAAGUGAAGGUAACCAGCAUAAUGAGAAUAAAGGUGUGCAGCUACAUGGUAAUCUCAUGAAGAAUGAUGACACUAAAAUAAGAGAAGAUAAUGAAAAAGUAGAAGAUAGACAAUAUACUCAGCAUGAAAACUGGCAAAGGAAUGAUCAUCAAGCACACUCAGAUUUGCAUAAUCAAGAGUAUGAAUCACAGGAGCACCAUCCCGAAUGGGAACAGGAAGAAAAAGAAGAUCCGACAGUGGACCACACAGAGCUCCAUCGGCAACAUCAUGAGGAAGAAGAAACUGAACAUCAUUUGAUUCAAAAUCAGGACAAUGAAAAUUACCACACAGAGGAACAAGACCCAGCCAGAGGCAGUCCUACUGAGAUAACCAUGAAGCACAAAUCCCCUUAUGAGGAACAGUUGGAACAGCAACGUCUAGCGGAGCUACGGGCAGAAGAAUCACGCAAACUGAAAGAAAGACAAGAUGCACUACACGAACAGAGACUGAGGGAAUACAUGGAUCGACAGGAACGCCUCCAGCAAGAAGCAGAACGGAAAGAAGAGUUGUUGCGAGAAGAACAAUUAAGGAAGCAGUCAGUUUUUAAUCACGAAGAUGCUGCUGAAGGUGGUGAUGAAAGAGAUGUGCAUGAAGAGGAGGAAGAGGAUGAAAACAAUCCACAUGAGGAACCUGAAGAUGAGGACCCAGAAAUAGAAAAUGAGGAGCAGCACACAGAACACGAGAAUAUGAAUGAACAGCUUGGUGGAAAUCCUGAUCAACAGGAAGAUAAUCUAGAUGAACAAUACCAGGAUGAGGGAGAGGACGAGAUUGAUAAGAAAGAAGGGGAUCCUAACAAACAAGAACAAGAGGCAAUAGCUGAUGAAACCAAUCAGGAAGGGGAGAAAGAAGAUGAAAAUUAUGAAGAGGAGGAGGAGGAAGAAGAAGAAGACAGAGAUGACCCUGCUGCAAGGACGAAUCGGCGGGCAGAGAUGUGACAUUCUUACAAUUAGCUUUAUAAUGAUUUUGUUUCAUUAUCCAAUUUGAUUUGUUUGACCCACAAUAUUUUAAAGGAACUUCUACAUAAAGAUAUAUAAUGUAUUUUUCAGGUUAAUUUAAGUUUGGACAUACUUAAAGAUAAAGUAUUAAAACCCUUUAAAUGCAUCUGCUUCCUGAUUGUAAUUUGUAAUAUGUUCAAUGUGAAAGAGUCCUCAAAAGUUCAUAGAACACUUUUUUUGAAUUGUAAAAUGUUCAGUCAUGUUUGUUUGAGGCAUUUUGGAACUCCUACAAAAAUAUUUUUUCAAUGGAAAGUCAAUUAUAACGUAAGCAAUUCUUGAACGCGUCUGAAGUUCAUCAAAGCCUAUUUUCAAAUGAGUGAUAUUUAUCAUUAUGAUUAGAUGUUAAUUUGUAAACAUAACUAAUCAUGUAAGAAGCACUGCUCUUAGGCACUGCACACAGUGGGUAGCUCAUGACUUUGUGCAAUAUUGUAAAAUGAGUGAGAGCCAGUCACCGUACAUUUUACACUCUUCCUGAUUUUGGUUUCCAUUAAUUCAAACCCUCCAUUUUAUACUUUUGCACAGUCAAAAAUCAAUCCCAUUGUGCUUAUCAAAGUUAAGUCAGAGCAUUUAGCUUUGUUUGCAGCUUUGUAACAAAAUGUAUUUCAUAGAGAACUGUACUUCAUGCAAUAGUUUGUAAUUCAUCCAGUGUUACCAAACCCAACUUCAUUGUGUUACUGAGUAAUAUUCUGUUCAAAGGAUAUUGAGCAAUUUUUUUUCUGUGUAAUAGGGAGACUCAAUACAGAAGUAAUCCAUUUAUGCUCAAGGAUUUACUGUUGCUAUUUUUGUCUGUUUUGUUUUCUGAAAGAAAUUUAUAUUAUAUUUAAAACUGCUUUAAAACUUGUUGCUUUGAAAUGACAAUCAAAGAGGUUAAAAAAAAAACCAUGAAGAGAGAAGCUGAAAACAGUUUUAGCUUGGUUAUUCCAUAAAGGUCCUAAACUUUCAAUCUAUUUCUGAGCAAGUAAAUUGGUGCAAUUUAAGUGUAAUCCUUCAUUUGGAAGUUUGUCAGUUAUGAGAAUAAAAGGGUAUGUGAAGAAGCAUAUAGUUCCUGAUCCAUGAUGUGCACUAUUCUGCACAGUGCAGAUAUUUUAAUAAUUUUAAUGCAUAAAAAUUUAAAGCUUUAAAAUUAAGUACGUAAGUCAAUCUGGCUUCGUUAAUGUCAAGGUGGCAGAAAUUUCCACAAAAGUGAAAUGUUAGAUUUUUCUAUCGGAUUUUUAAUUAUGUGGUGCAUAUGGUCAACUAAUACUUGUUCAAUUAAACAAACAAAUGUUGAUUUUUGGUAUUGAAUUUAUACGUACAAUGAAAUAGUUAUGAGUGCAUUGUAUUAAUAACGUACAGAGCAUUGGACCCAACAUGUUCACAUGUUUAUGCCUCACGCAAGUCUCCUCUCAUUUUGAUCUCGUUUUAGAUUACUUACAGUGUGGAAACAGGCCCUUCGGCCCAACAAAUCCACACCGACCCGCCGAAGCGCAACCCACCCAUACCCCUACAUAUACCCCUUACCUAACACUACGGGGAAUUUAGCAUGGCCAAUUCUGUGGGAGGAAACCGGAGCACCCGGUGGAAACCCACGCAGACACGGGGAGAACAUGCAAACUCCACACAGUCAGUCGCCUGAGGCGGGAAUUGAACCCAGGUCCCUGGCGCUGUGAGGCAGCAGUGCUAACUACUGUGCCACCGUGCAAUCUAUCGCAAUCAAUAAUAAUUCCAUUAUUCUCUCUGACCUGUGUUUAUCUAAUUUCUCUUAAAUGCAUCUAUGCAAUUCAUCUCAACGACAUCUGACAGUUGUGACUACCACAUUCUAAUCACUCUCUCUGUAAAGAAUUUCCUUGUGAAUUCAUACUGGACUUAUUGUCUGUCAUAAAUUUAUGGAAUCGAUUUCUGGUUGGCCCCACAGUGGAGAAAUCCAUAAGUGUAUCCUGUAAAAUGAAAGACCUCUAACAGGUCUUAGGCCUUCAUUUUGAAUAGAAAAAAAUCUUCAACCUGUUCAAUCUUUUCUUACUGGAAUAAACUCUGUCUUCUAAUGUCUUCUAAUAAUUUGUUUUUUUUUGCAUUUGCUCCAGUGCCUUUGUUUUCCAUAUAAUAUUGAAACAUGAACAGCUUAGACUACCUUGUGUUAUCUAAUCGAGAAUGUAUGUAAGCAUAACAUAACUCGUGAUUUUAGUUCUGUUCUGCCAGAAAAUUACCCAGGUGCUUGUUUAAUUACUAUGGUCUUGUUAACUGAUAUCAUUAUACAUAGUGAUUUAAACAUCCACACCCCAAACUCUUUGCUCUCCUGCCCCUUUAGACAGUUAUUUAAGAAAUAGUAUAAAACCUCUUUAUUCUUCCUGUCAGAAAAAAAACCUUACAUUUAGCUUUAUUGAAGUUCAAUUGCCACUUGCACAGUGAUUCAUGGAGAUUGUUAGUGCCUUCCUAUAUUUUGUUGUUGUCCCUCUUUGAAUUUAUUAUACAUCCCCAUUUGAUAUCUUCCACUAGAUUUUAAAUUGGGUUUCCAAUUUUCAAGCCCAGAGUAGUUCAUUGCAAGUGUUGAAUAUCAGAGUCCCUGCACUAGUCCUCAUGAAAUACUAUUUUCCACUUUUUGCUAGUCUGAAUAGUCAUGUUGAACCCCUUUGCCUGCUUUGUCACCAGCAUGCUAUCCAUUCUGAUAAUUGUCUUAUGGCUUUAUUUGUGAGCCAACUAAGUGGCAUCUUAUUGAAGGCCUUGUCUUCCUUUUCUGUUACUUUUUCAAAGAAUUUUGUGAAGUUGGUACUGUAUGUUCAUGCCUUAGGAAAUCCAGGCUCCAGAUGUCUUUCUGGUCCUUCUUUGAGUAAGGAUUCCAUCAUCUUUCCUACCAAUGAAUUAAGCUAAUAUAGUCCUUUGGACAUCUUUUAUUGCCUUUUUUUAAACAAAAGUGAUUUAAAUCAAUUCAAAUUUGAAGUAAAAUGGUACUGACAUGUAUUAUAAUCAAUUUUCUUGGAGUUACAAAAGAGAUUAGUUUUUUUUGAGAUGUUAAUUUACUUUAAGAACACAAUAUAGCAAUUAAUGUUCUGUUGUAGUAUGAAAAAGAUUAAAAUUUCUGACUGACUGGUAUUCACAUUUGCUUGGUUGGCUAUAUUAUUUUUAUAGUGCCUGAACACUUUUUAAAUAAUUGUAAUACCAACUUUUUAAUACUUUACCAAAGUGAAUAAUGAUGUUAUAUGAAGCAACAUGCAAAAUUUUCUACUAAACACAAGCAUAAAUUACGUUCAUGUGUUCCUUUUACAGUUUUUAUAAUGGGGUCUAGGGUGAUUAUGCAACUACGCGGAAUAGAUUUUGCCUGGGUUUGUUGUCAGCAAUAUUCAUGUAGACAAGUGUAUUGUGAGAGCUUCUAUUCACUAUUAGUGUAAAGUGUAUAUUAUGUAAAUAAAGUUGCUGAUCAACAAAACUUAAACAAUAUAUCACUAAGUACUAUGAUUUCCAAAGGACAUUAAGUGAUUAUGUGAAAUUAUUGGCCAUUAUUAAACUAUGUGAUUGUUCAA